AUGAGGCCCGUGACAGUCCUCGCCCUACUGGCCCUGGCCGCACUGUGCCUGGCUGGCGCGGCAGAUGCGAAGCCCAGCAGUGUGGAGUCCCGCAGAGGUGCAGCCUUCGUGUCCAAGCAGGAGGGCAGCAAGGUGGUGAGGAGGCUCCGGCGCUACCUGGACUCCGGGCUGGGAGCCCCAGCCCCCUACCCGGAUCCCCUGGAGCCCAAGAGGGAAGUCUGCGAGCUCAGCCCCAACUGUGACGAGCUGGCUGACCACAUCGGCUUCCAGGACGCUUACCAGCGCUUCUAUGCACAGUCUAGAGAGGGCAGCACCCCCCCCAACCCCGGCUCCCCUCCCCUCUCCCUGGCCCCCCUGCCCCGCAAGUGUGGGGUCCCCAUCAUCCCAGCUGCUCCAGAAUAA